CUCAACUCAGUUUUGUGGCAUCAUUUGACACAGGUCAAUGCACAAGCGUCGCUCGCUUGUAACAUGUUUUUUUCUUUCUUUAAUUCACUGUGUCAUGUGGGCGCAAUCAUCAUGAUGAUGAUGAUGAUGAUGACGCUGUGGCUGUGCGUGGGCGGCUUCUAUUAGCAUAUUUAUCGCAGACUCGCACAAUGCGAAUACGAAUGCGACUGCGGAAAAAUGCGAGCCAAUUAAAAACAAAAUGAGCAUUGUGCAAUCGCCUGCUGCUGCCUUCUAAGGGAAAAACAGCAAAUUUGCCAUGUUGUUAGCAAUUUUCGUUGGUUUCAUUUUUUUGCGCAGAGGUGAUAAAUUGGGGCGUGCUCCAAGCUGGCAACAUAGUCCAUUGCCAACGCGCCGCAGCGUCGCAAGUGCCACAGAGUAAAGAAGUACCACAAAAUUAUCCUCGGUAACGAUGCAGUUCGUCUGGCUGCUGUUGAUCGGCACACUCGGUUAUUGUGUCGCCGCGCCACGUGUCUACAACGAUUACAAUUCCUAUUACAAUCGACGUCUGGCAGCCAUCGCCAACUACAACAACAACUACUACUCGCAGAGCAGUCGCUUGAGUAGACAGAGCAGCAGCAGCAGCAGCAAAUCGGACAAGGAGAAUGCCAAGUUUGCGGGUGCACAGAAUCAGGAACUGGAUGAUCUUAACAGUGAUGAAGGCGACACCAAGACUCUGCUGCUCAAGAAGAAGCUGAAGAAACUCUAUCGACCUUAUGCAUCAGCUGGAGCUUAUGGCUAUGGCAGACCAUGUAUUCCCUUUGGCCGCGAUGCCAGCGGCGCUCAGAAGGAUGCCGUUGAGCAGGGACGAUUUCUGUUUGACCUGAAUGUCUACAACGUGUAUGGCGGUGCAGGCGGCUGUCGUGGCUAUGGCGGCUAUGGUGGAGGAUUAGGUGGCUACGGUGGCGGAUUAGGUGGCUUAGGUGGUUUAGGUGGCGGUCUGCUCUCUGAUCCCGUAGGUCCAGUUGCUCCUGUUCCCGUGCCCGUACCUGUGCGUCCCUAUGCACCAUUUGCCACCUGGCUGUCGCUCUUUGCCCCGGGCAUAUUGCAGAACAGCCUGGCCACCACUGUGCCGCUCGCUGAUCCGCUGCCCUUGCGACCAGCUGCCGCUUCGGUUGCCAACGAUCCACAGAGCGAUCCUGCCGUUGAUCCCAACUACAAUCCAACUCCAGUUGCAGUCCCAGUGCGUCGUCCUGUGCCCAAUCGAGUGUACUACGAUUCAGCAGGCUCUCCGCCAGUGACGCCAGCUCAGCUUGUGGGAGGCGUGGCAACCACAGUCAACGGCAUCAUCCAACAGCUGACGGGUCAAGUGCAGCCGGUCUAUCAAACAGGCGCCUAUAAUGUCAGGAAUUAUCGCAGCAGCUAUGGAUAAGGAUAUCAACGAGAUUAGCUAAAAUCAAACGACUCUUAUUUAAGUUUAAGUUAGACAUUAAAUACGAAAACCAACAGUUACAUUUAUUAU